AUGCACAUGGAUCCCAUUCCGUUCGAAUCCGUCGCGCGCGGCAUCGCAUUCGAGGAUGUGCGCAUGCUACACGAGCUCUUUCUCGAGCCUGAGAGCGAGACGCAGCGGGUCGCCCUGCACCGCGCCGUGAGCAUCUCGAGCAGCCAAGGCGGUGCGACGGACGCCGAAGACAGCCCGGUACCAAAACGCAACUGCAAGAUCCAUGGCUGCCACCGCGUCGUUCGGUCGCGGGGCGUCUGCAAGCGCCACGGUGGUGGCAAGAAGUGUACCUUUCCCGACUGUACCAAAGAAGCCCACAAUGGUCUUCUCUGUGUCGGCCAUGGUGGCGGCAAGAAGUGCAAAAUUGACGGCUGCGUCAACGCGGCGCAGUCCCAAGGCCUCUGCAAGGCCCAUGGUGGCGGCGCCCGUUGCAAGGUGCCGGCAUGCGACAAGAGUUCGCAAGGCGGCGGACUCUGCCGAGCCCAUGGCGGUGGCAAGCGCUGCAAUGAAGUCGGCUGCAUGAAGGGCGCCCAGCGCGGUCACAAGUGCUCAAAGCACGGCGGGUACCGCACGUGCACGGUCGGUGAUUGCACGAGGACAGACCGUGGGGGUGGGUACUGCGAGAUCCACCGCAAGGAGCAGACGUGCGUCGUCGCAGGAUGCCAGCGGCUAGGAAAGAGCCUUGGGAUGUGCACACCGCAUCUGCGUGCGUAUCGAAGCCAGCGACCAAGCGAGCUCGCCCACCGUCUGUAA